AGAUUUGUGAAAACAAGGAAAACAGAAACUAUCGACUUAGGACAGCUCGACGUUGUUCAGGGGGCGAAGGGAGAAGAAAGAGGUGCGGUCUCAAGGCAGAGGGUCCGGGAUAGGAGCGUGGCAAGGCGAGGGGGUGGGGUCCGGCACAAGCUGGCGACACCAGCAGGUGUUUCGCUGAGGCCAGCUGGAAACAACAGAUGGGGACUGCAGAGGAGGUGGCGGGGCUGGGGCCGAGCAGCAGCCAAGGACGGGAACAAUCGGAAGUAAAGAGGAUAUCCGAGAACGGUCCGGGAUCGUCACCGUGGGGAAACGAGGACCGGCCGGACACCCGCGCGAAGGGUCCCACCAACUGUGCGCUGGGAAUGGUGACUGCGCCCCCCACGAUGCUCUCGGGCAGGUGGUGGCCAAGUACCUGGGGGUCCCUCGGCCUGGGGGCGCCCCGCAGCCCUGCGCGAGGAUCCCGGCUCUGCGCCCUCUACGGCUUCACCUACACGGGGGCGGAUGGCCGGCAGGUGUCCCUGGCUGAAGGGGACAGGUUCCUCCUGCUGCGGAAGACCAACGCAGACUGGUGGCUGGCUAGGCGCCUGGGGGCCCCCGCAACGUCCAGGCCCGUCUUUGUCCCAGCCGCCUACAUGACCGAGGAAUCCAUCCCUUCCCAGAACGCCUCCAGCCAGUCUCUCUGGGUCCCGGGGCCGAAGUUGUUGCCUGGCUCCCUAGAGGAGCUGCACCUGCCUCAGUCACCUCCCGGCGGCCCGGCCCAGGCAACUUCUGAACAGCCUCCUCCUCUCCCCCCCAAGAUGUGUAGAAGUGUCAGUGUUACCAAUCUGAGGUCCCCCCUCUUGAGGACCUUCCAGGAAGCACCAAGUGGAAGAUCCCUGUCCCAGGAAGACUUGCUGGAGGAGGCCAGUGCCACCAGGGCGGGACCCCAGCCUCUCAUGUCAGAGCCCCCUGUGUACUGCAACCUGCUGGACCUUCGCCGCUGCCCGCCGUCCCCGCCCGCCAGCCCCGCCUGCCCCCCGCUGCAGACGCUGGACGCCUGGGAGCAGCACCUGGACCCCGUCUCGGGACGCUGCUUCUACGUCCACUCGCUGACCGGCUGCAAGUCCUGGAAGCCGCCGCGCCGCGCGCGUGCCCGGGACCCGAACCCCGGCUCCAUGGAGGGCGCGCAGACCCCGAGCCCGGACAGCCCCGCCCCCCAGCAGCAGCAGCCUCCGGCCGGGGGCUCGGGCGCAGCGCCGGGGACCCCCGAGCCGCCCCACCCCCAGGGCUCCCCCGGCCGCCGCCUCCCGCACGCCCCCGGCCCGCCCGCUGCAGCCCCGAGGUCCCCCGCGGCUCUGCCGCAGCUCCUGGAGGACCCCCACGAGGUGGAGAAGUCGGGCCAGCUCAAUGUGACCAAAAUCGCCCUGGGGGGACGCAAGCUCAGGAAGAACUGGAGCCCGUCCUGGGUGGUCCUCGCGGGGAACAGCCUGGUGUUCUACCGGGAGCCGCCGCCGCCGGGGCCCUCCGCGGUGUGGGGCCCAGCGGGCAGCCGGCCCGAAAGCAGCGUGGACCUGCGCGGGGCGGCCCUGGCGCACGGCCGCCACCUGUCCAGCCGCCGCAACGUCCUGCACAUCCGGACGGUCCCGGGCCACGAGUUCCUGCUGCAGUCGGACCAGGAGACGGAGCUGCGCGCCUGGUACCGAGCUCUGCGGGACGUCAUCGAGCGCCUGGACCGGGAGAACCCCCUGGAGCUGCGACUGUCGGGCGCGGGGCCGGCGGAGCUGGGCGAGCUGAGCGCCGGGGAGGACGAGGACGACGAGCCCGAGUCGCUCUCCAAGUCUCUGCUGCGGAUAGCGGGCCGGCGGAUCUCCAGUCGCGGCCCUGAAGGGACGGAGCAAAACCGAGUGCGCAACAAACUCAAGCGGCUGAUCGCCAAGAGACCGUCCAUCCAGAGCCUGCAGGAGCGGGGCCUGCUCCGAGAUCAGGUGUUCGGUUGCCAGUUGGAAUCUCUGUGCCAGCGGGAAGGGGGAACCGUGCCUAACUUCCUACGACUCUGUAUUGCUGCCGUGGACAAGAGAGGCCUCCGUGUGGACGGCAUUUACCGGGUCAGCGGGAACUUGGCGGUGGUCCAGAAGCUGCGAUUCCUGGUUGACAGAGAGCGCGCAGUCACCUCUGAUGGCAGAUACCUGUUCCCAGGACAAGAAAGCUGCUUAGACUUAGACGGUGCUGAGUGGGAUGACAUUCACGUCAUCACUGGUGCCCUGAAGCUGUUCCUCCGGGAGCUCCCCCAGCCUUUGGUGCCUCCGCUGCUGCUCCCACAUUUCCGCGCCGCCCUUGCACUCUCAGAACCAGAGCAGCGCUUGUCCCACAUACAGGAGUUAAUCAGCUCCAUGCCCAAGCCCAACCAGGACACUCUGCGGUACCUCCUGGAGCAUUUGUGCAGGGUGAUAGAACACUCCGAGGAGAAUCGCAUGACCCCCCACAACCUGGGGAUUGUGUUUGGACCAACUCUGUUCCGGCCUGAGCAGGAGACGGCCGACCCCGCGGCGCAUGCGCUCUACCCGGGGCAGCUGGUGCAACUGAUGCUCACUGACUUCUGCAGCCUCUUCCCGUGACCGAGCGAGGAGGGAGAGCCGAGUGUCACUCGUCACCUCCGCUGGGUGCCCUGCAGGGGUGGCGGGGUUGCGUUGGGGGUGUUCUGAGAACUGCCCUGGAAAUCCCGAUGCCCAGGCCAGGGAGCCACUCAGGGGCUGGAGCACAGGCUUUAGAUGCAAGAAGCACAGGUUCCACCCCUGACAUCCCGUGUGCCCAGGGGCGUCGCCAGGCGUGACCCCUGAGCACAGAGCCGGGGGCUGGGUGUCGCCCCGAGGACUGCUGGGUGUGUACUACAAAAUAAAAUAAAACAGAGCCUGUGUUUCUCUC